AUGACGAAUGAGCAAGUACCGCGCCGCGGCCGGCCCCGCGUAGAAGGCCGUGACCAAGUCAACGACGACCAAGUCGAGAUUAGACGAACACGCAUGAGAUUGGCGCAGAGAACGUACCGAGCUCGGAAAGAAAGUGCAUUCAACCAGGAAAGAACCCGGAACCAACAGCUCAGCCAAGCCCUGGAUCAGGCGCUGGCAACCUUUACUAGGUUCCAUCAGCAUGCCCUAGGCCUACCUGAGGUUCGUGGCUCGUCGGAUCUUGUUGCUAGUCUGAAUCAGGCGGCCUCCGAAAUGGCAACCAUUGCCAGCGACACAAGCAAGUCAGCCAGGCUUUUGCUUGCUUCUGCAACCACAGAUUCCGGCAUCCAACCGCAACAACAAGAAGCGAUGCCGCUUUACCCUGGAGACUUGCAAACCCAGUCGGCGCUCAAGAGCGUAACCCUCACAAUUCGUUCUGCUGACCUUGUCCUGGAUACACUUUCCGAGAAGCUGUUCAGGGCUUGCCUCGAGCGCGUCUUCACCAUCCUAGCAGGGAACUGUGGACCCAAGGGCCGGGUCCUAGACUUGAGGUUGCCACUAGAUAUUCUCGGUGAGGAACUUCUCAAGUCCGAGUCCCUCAAUAUCCUAGCGCUCCCUCUCGUGGCGGAUGACUACCGCUACCUCCCCCAUUCCAUGCCCCAUUUGCCGCUCAUGUAUCGUGUUGUUGAGGGGAGCCAAGACAUUAUACCUCGAUUACCGGCGCCGUCGGUGCAGAGGAUAGUAAGGGGCAAGACUAGGACGAGGCUCGCGACUGCAUUCGAGCCGCUUCAGGGAGAAUGGCUCGAGGCCAUGGAUGUUGAAGAGUACUUGGAGGACAGGGGAAUCUUUCUACGUGGGGCUGGCUCGAGCCAUGAGGCUGAUAAUCAGAGCUUAAUGCCUAUGGCCCAAGGUCUAGCACGAGUUUCGACUGAGGCCGAUUAUCAACAGCAGUCAAUACCCGAGGCUGGAGAUACAUCUGCGGAAGGGCAACGUCACGAGCAUGGGGAUUAUUCUGUGUUUGGGGUCCCAACAACCCAAGAAUGGAUCGGCUCAGCCGAGCUUCUUCCACCUCUUGGAACAGGGCUCCAAUCGAUCGAAUCCUCAGCAGGACCGUGGACUGAUCCUCGGAGGAGGAGCUCUCAGGUGGCCUCCCAGAUCAUCAUUGACCUCGACAAGCUCGUGCACCUGCUGGCCUCGACUGCAACAUGCCUAGGGCCUGUGCCAGGGAUUCGAAGAGCUGCGGUGGACUCAUCAAUUGCACAGUCCGUGGUUCAGCUGUCAGAGUAG